ACUCAACUUGGUAAAGUUUCCCCUCCUUCCCAAAAUUAUAUUUUUGUCCAAACAAAUAGUUUAGGGUUACCGCUGAUAAAAAUCCUCCACUUUUCCAGCAUACACAGUAGGUGGUUUUUGUAUUAAGAUUCUAUUAUUAUUAUUAAUAGCAAGCAACAGAAGAGGCAAAGAAGAUGAAGUUGGAUGUCAACGUUUUGAGAUACCUCUCCAAAGAUGAUUUCCGGGUCCUCACUGCCGUUGAGAUGGGCAUGCGCAAUCAUGAAAUUGUGCCUUCUGAGCUCAUUGACCGUAUUGCUUCCCUCAAGCAUGGGGGCUCAUAUAAAGUGUUGAAGAAUUUGCUAAAGCACAAAUUAGUCCAUCAUGAUGCUUCUAAAUAUGAUGGAUUUCGACUCACCUACCUUGGUUACGAUUUUCUUGCAAUCAAAACUAUGGUUAAUCGUGGUGUAUUUAAUGGAGUGGGUCGUCAACUUGGCACUGGGAAAGAGUCUGAUAUUUUUGAGGUCGUAAAGGAAGAUGGCACAGUUCUUGCGAUGAAGUUACACAGGCUCGGUAGGGUUUCAUUUAGGGCAGUCAAAGCAAAACGUGACUAUUUGAGGCAUCGUAGCAGCUAUAAUUGGCUCUACUUAUCGCGGCUUGCUGCCUUGAAAGAGUUUGCAUUUAUGAAGGCACUAGAAGAACAUGGAUUCCCUGUUCCAAAUGCUGUCGAUUGCAAUCGACAUUGUUUGAUUAUGUCACUUGUACCAGGCUAUCCACUUGUGCAGGUUAAGGAGCUGCAAAACCCAGAUGUGGUUUUUGAAACAAUCAUUGGUGCUGUUGUUCGUCUGGCAGAACACGGGCUUAUUCACUGCGAUUUUAAUGAAUUUAACAUAAUGAUUGAUGAUGAUGAAAAGGUCACCAUGAUUGAUUUCCCGCAAAUGGUGUCAGUCUCUCAUCCUAAUGCCCAAAUGUAUUUUGACCGUGAUGUGGAGUGCAUCUACAAGUUCUUUGAAAAGCGGUUCAAUAUGUUAUUUGAAGAAAAUGAAAAUGAUUCUGAUGGUUCAGAGGCUGAAAUAGAUGAAGUUGGACGGCCCCAGUUCUCUGAAAUAAACAAAAAUAGCGGUUUCUUGGACAAAGAACUUGCUGCCAGUGGUUUUACAAGAAAGGAUCAAAAUGAGUUGGAAAAGUUAACUGAGGCAGAGCUUGACAUGUAUUCAGAUUCUGAUGAUGAAGGAACUGGUGAUGAUGAAGAUGAAGACAUGAACGAGACAAACAUCAAGCAGCUUGAAUCCUUGCAGUUGGAGAAGGAGGACAACAAUCAUCUAGUUGGGGAUGAGCAUGAUGAUAAUCAUCAAGUUGGGGAUGAGCAUGAUCCUGAGGAUGAUGGAGAGGCCGAGUCUGAAGAUGAUGCCGAACUUGUGAAGAGCCUGAGCAAGCAGAGGAGGAAGGCCAUUCAAGCUGCCCAUCGGGGGAAGAGGAACUUUGCCUCCAGGAAUACAUACAAGGACAAAGGUGGGAAAUCCUCACAGAGUUCAAAGGUCCAUAAGCAUUUGGGUGGCUGGUAAAGUACUGGAACCCCUGGAGGAGUCACAACACUGGUGUUGAAGGAAUAGCCGGUAGAGGAGCUAUCACUAAGGUACUUAAUAAUACAGUUUUGACUUGGAUUCUGUCUUGUAUAUUUAAAAUUUUGGUAGCAUGUUUGGCAGAACAUAAAGGCUUAAGAUUGUAAUGUACUUGUUAUUUAAAGAUUAUAAAUUAGAAACGGUUUGUAGGUUUGAAGAACUUCGUAGACAUUCUAUUAUUGGUCAUAGUUAUGCUAUUUGAUAUUUGAAUGGAGGGAAAAAUACUUUUGCUA